AUGCCACCUUCAACAAGUCAGUCCAGCCAAAUGUCUGCCCUGCCAGAGCUGCCCCCGAUCUCAGACUUGGAGCUGCCGUCUGACUUCCCCAAACAGAAGAGUUACUUCAUCAUCUCAGCUGAGGAUCCUAACACAGUCAGAACCAACACCAGCCUGACUCUGUUUGGCAGUGGUUUUGACAGUGAUGAGGAGAUGUCCCCGCCCCCCCCACUCAGCACCCCCCAACCUGCAUACAGCCUACCAGACUCUGAGGGAUACUCCAGCCACGUGGAGGCUGAUGGGUUCAGCGACGGUCAGACUCAGAGAGGGAUGGAGCAAUACCUGGACAGCCUCUUCAACCCUGUGUUAUCAGACGGCAGCACGGACCUGGACAAGCCAGCCAGUAUGACAGGCCGGAUGAAGGGAGGAGGAGGGAUUGGAGGAGAGGAGGAGAGGGGUCAGGCCCCCGCCAGCAGACCAUACCCCCAGGACUACAGCCCGGAGCUGUGCCAGUGCUUCCAGUGA